AAUUCUCAUAUUUCAGCCAGCCCGGAUCUUUCGCGACCUUGUUUCAGACAAAUUUUCUUCUGCCCCCUCACCCAAAAGUCUUUUUAGUCCUCCUCACAACUUCUCUUCUAUCUCUUUUUUUAUUGUUCACUUUUCUCUCUUCUUUAUAAUAACCCAACAUCUUCCUCUUCCUUCCUGUUCCUUUAUCUUCUUCCUUCCUUCUUCAUCCUCUCUCUCUCUCUCUCUCUCUCUCUCCCUCUCUCUCUAACCCAGUUCAAGUUGAAGCUUUUGCGCUAAACCCAAAUGGGUUUUGCAUGCAUUGUGUUUCCAAGGGAUUGAUUGGCUUAAUAAUACUGUUCGAACUUCAAAGCUCAGCUUGCUUCUAGAUAGCUCAGAACGUGUUUGAAGUAAUUCCUCCGUAACCUCGUGAUUAUCGUAACCCAGAUGAGAUUAGGCACCACUCGCUAGCUAGCUUUAAGUAACGGUUGAGGCAGUUUCAUUUUGUUUGGAUUUAUCACAAGCAGACAAAAACAAGAGUUCCCUCUAUAGGCUGAAACGUCUUUUUAAGCAAGUACAAAUAUGGCUCCAGCUAGUAAUUGGUUAUCCUUCUCUUUAAUGUCUCCCAUGGAAAUGCUCAGGUCCUCUGAGUCUGAAUCUCCCUUUGUUCCCUAUGACACAUCCUCCACCGCCUCUCCUCACUACUUCCUUGAUAACUUCUAUGCCAACGGCUGGACGAACCCCAAGUCCCAAGGGUUUUUUGCAGACGGUGAAGAUCACAACAACCCGAGCAAACAAGGCCACGCCGAUUCACCCAAUCUCACCAGCUUCAUCGACCCACAGAGCCAUCACCAACCUAUUCCAAAGCUGGAGGACUUUCUAGGCGAUUCGUCAUCGAUGGUGCGCUAUUCCGAUAGCCAAACAGAGACCCAAGACUCGUCGUCCCUGACCCACAUGUACGACCAGAGCUCGGCCUAUUUUGGCGACCAUCAGCAGCAGCAAGAUCUCAAGGCGAUUACUGGGUUUCAGGCCUUUUCGACGAACUCGGGCUCGGAAGUGGAGGACUCGGCGACCAUGGCCCGGACGACUCAGCUCGCUGGCGGCGAUUUCACGGGUCAUUCUAUUGAGUCGAACGGGAACGAGUUGGGAGGCGGGUUCUCUAGCUGUGGCACAAAUGCUCUGUCGCUUGGGGUCAACACCCAGAGCUCUUCUCAGUCUAAAGCCAUUGUUCCCGCGGACAGCGACGGCUCUAAGAAGAUCGCUGAUACUUUUGGCCAGAGGACUUCAAUUUACAGAGGGGUCACUAGACACCGGUGGACGGGUAGAUAUGAAGCGCAUCUAUGGGAUAACAGCUGUAGAAGAGAGGGUCAGGCCAGGAAAGGGCGGCAAGUUUACUUGGGUGGAUAUGACAAGGAAGAUAAGGCAGCAAGGGCUUAUGAUUUGGCUGCUCUGAAAUACUGGGGUCCUACUGCAACUACCAACUUUCCAGUUUCAACUUACAGCAAAGAACUGGAAGAUAUGAAACAUGUAACCAAGCAAGAAUUCAUUGCGUCACUCAGAAGGAAAAGCAGUGGUUUUUCAAGGGGAGCUUCUAUUUACCGGGGGGUUACAAGGCAUCAUCAACAAGGCCGAUGGCAAGCAAGGAUAGGCCGUGUUGCCGGGAACAAAGACCUAUACCUUGGGACAUUUGCCACUGAAGAGGAAGCAGCAGAGGCAUAUGACAUAGCGGCCAUAAAGUUCAGGGGUAUUAAUGCAGUUACAAAUUUUGAGAUGAAUCGAUAUGACGUUGAAGCUAUUGGCAAGAGUUCUCUUCCUGUCGGUGGGGCAGCGAAACGCUUAAAGCUCUCACUUGAAGCUGAAGAGCAGAAACCAUCUGUAAACCAUGAUCAGCAGCGUCCUCAAUGCAGCAGCGGCAGCAACAACAUCAAUUUUACUUCGAUGCAGCCAGCAGUUCAAUCGAUACCAUGUGGGAUUCCUUAUGAUGCUGCAGCUGCAACAGCAUAUUAUCAUCACAACCUCUUCCAGCAAUUUCAACCGAACUACUAUGGCGCUUGUGAUUCAGCCGGAUCAACCCCUAACAUUGCAACUCAGAUGACCAUGAUGCCGCAGCAGCCAGCUGAGUUUUAUAUUUGGCCUCACCACCAAUCCAAUUGAUAGGACUAAACAACAGUUGUUGUUUCAUAUGUUAGCCGCUAACAUUAUCCGGCUGACCAACAUCUGACCCUCACUCCAAUCCACCUCUCAACCUUAGGAUUUAGGAUUAGGAAAGGCAUAAGAGGUUUUUUGUUUGGAGGCUAAAAUUCUGGAUGCAGUAGGAAGCUGGGUUUUGUAUUUAAGGUGGGAAACGUUGAAUGGUGUAUCCAUCUGCUUUUUAAGAAUUUCCGUCUCUUUCUUUUUGGAUA